AUGCUUGAGCGUCAUUUACUAUUUUGUUUGUUUGUUUUUUCAGAUAUAAACGAGUGCAUCAGUGAUACCGACGGUUGUCAUUAUAAUGCAAGUUGCAACAACACAAUUGGCUCUUACACAUGCAAAUGCAAGCCAGGAUUUAGUUGCAGUUAGUAUGACAGAUGUUUUGAUUGUUAAUCAGUGCAACGUUUAUACAGUACUUGUAUAGAUUCUGAUGGGAUUCUCACCAACCAACACCGCCGGUUCAUAACCAACAAUUCGUGUACGAGUUGAUCAAACUAUAUUUUGAAAUAGCUUGCAUCAUGAUAUCCUUUUGGAACAAGCCAGAUUUUCAUGAAUAUGUUUAACCAAAUUUCCAAAUGUACAAAUUCUGUCAUGUUUUCGAUUACGACUACUACUACUACGUUCUUAAAGAGUUUCAGAGUAAAAAAUUGAUUAUAAUAAUAAAAAAAAGGAACAGGCACACAAACAAAAAAACAAUGAUAGAUUACAUCAAGAUUUUACCUUUCUCAAUAGAAUUAAACAACGUGUGAUAUGAAAAAAGGGUUGAAGUAAACUUUGUUUUUAUCCCUCAGAAUUCCAAGCCGUUUUUACAAAUCUCAAUGCCACUGGAAGAUAUGGUCCAACGACGCUGGGCAGUCACUACGCAGGUCAGGACCAUGACGGACAAGUUACACUGUCCAGCGGUAUUCAACAAUGGACUGUGCCGUACACUGGUGACUACAGAAUAGAAGCCAUCGGAGCAGCAGGAGGAUACGAUCCAACUCCCAAUAGUGCUCAGUACCGAGGAAGAGGAGCAAUUAUGAUCGGAACAUUUCGCCUAAACAAGGGUGAAGUCAUACAAAUAAUUGUUGGUCAAGAAGGAGGAAUAAACAAGCUGAAGUGGUCCUCUGGAGGUGGUGGAGGUACAUUUGUAGUGAGAGGAGCCAAUGCACCUUUGAUUAUAGCUGGAGGCGGGGGAGGUUUACAAAGUGUUAAUUCAAGACAUGGAGGAUGUGACGCCAGCACACAAACAACAGGGAAUACUGGAUACAAAUCAUGGCCAGGGGGAAGCAAUGGACAUGGUGCACAGACUGCUAAUAACAGCGCUCAUUCAGGUAAAAUUAUAUUGUGAUGUUUCCUUACUCUUCAUGGUCUUAGCAGCAACUUAAUCAACUUGUAAGUUUCUGGUUUCUAAGCAAGAUUAGUGCUCAUAAGGUGGCAAUAUCGUUAGUAAGCUAGUUUGUGAUUGAGCAUGAAAAGAUAGGUCACAGUUUUCACCCACUGUCUUUCUAGGCAUCAAAUACCUUUACAUUCCUUAAAGCAUCAUUUCCUCUGAUCUUUCAACAUUUUAAAAACCCACAAGAAAUUAUGAAAUUUCGCCUCAACCACAGAAUUGAACAUUGUUAUACAUUAAAUUAUCAACUAGCCUAAGUUGGUAUCUUGGGAGUCUUCGGACCAAAUGUCAUGGCAAUCCCAGUAAAGUUUACAUACCUUAUUAAUUCGUUCAAAGAAGGCACAUUCACUAAAAAAAGGAUUUAGGUUUUUUUGCUUUCCCGACAAUUUACGCGUUUGGGUGACCACAUGUCAAGUUAUAUCAACACCGCAAAAACCCAGAAUUCCGACUGCCAAUAGAAACACUGAGGCGUCCUGUAGAGAAUCUCAGCAAGAACAUAUUCUGCAGGUUACCACCAUUAGUUACCUAUGACAGACCUUUAGUUCAAUUCAGCUGAAUGGCAAUUUCGAUUUCAGAUCUUUUUUUUUUUAUAAUUUUUAACUUAAAAGCGGCUCGGGCACGUCGCGGCAAAACUUAAUGGUCGCUGACCGAGUGCGAGCGGCGAAGAUUGCUUAAACCGCAAGCCUUUAUGUGUUUCGCCACUCCGCUUUUAAUUUCUUCUUAUGCAGACAGAAAGACUUCUUUUUACUUUCAUCUAUGGAAUCUUUUCCUUUUCAUCUAUAUCUAUUCCCAUUCUAGUUUUAAACGCAGACAUAUUGCAAAGAUCUCAACGGAAAUGUUUACGUGAUCGAAAUUCAAGGAUCAAGAAGUUUUGCCCUGAGAAACCCUUCGGGAGUCAUUUAUGUUUACAUGUUAUAAUUGGCUAUUCACAAUUUGGCCGGCUAGCGAAUUCAGUUCAAAAAUAUGCUUUUUUUAAUAACUCGCGUGUGUUUUAAUAUUUUACGUAAAUUUUUCUCCGAAACUUUAUGUCAAAUAACAAUGUUUAGUUUUACAUGGAAAAAAAUUCCGAGAAAAUUCCGAAAAUAUUGGCCCUUGGAGGUCUACCGUAUCCUUAGAUCAAUUUCCAUGUAUCAUUAUAUUUUUUCCUCAGGUGGAGGUGGUGGUGGCUUUUGUUCAAGUGGAAGAAGUGGAGCGUAUUUCAAUGGAACCGUGGGGGAGGGUGGAGAGGGUGGUAAGGGAUUUCUUCAGGGAGGGGUGGGUGGGAGAACCCGUUACAACGAUACCACUGGUGGGUUUGGGGGAGGAGGUGGAGCUUGGGGAUGGGCAGGGGGAGGAGGAGGAGGAGGAGGGUACUCUGGGGGAGGUAGUGGUAAAGACCUUCAGGAUUCCUGUGGCGGUGGAGGUGGGUCGUUCAAUGCUGGAAACAACCAACAUAAUGAUUGUUGUUACAACUCUGCAGGUCAUGGUCAGGUGACGAUAAUAUUACAGUAG